GAAAACGGUUGCUAAUAGUUUGCUAAAACAACGUCAACAUGAAGUACACCAUUCUUGCCCUGGCUGUCUGCCUAGUCUGCGUAAACGCAUUGGUUGUGCCCUUCCCCAGCGAGGACUCCUCGCAGGAUCUGGUCGAAAGGACCGAUGCCAACGUAGCUGUGGAGGACUUUAGCUUCUUCAACACCAGCUACAAGAUCCUAAAGGUCACCCUGCGCAGCAUCAAGGGCUUCAACUGCAUCCUCAAGUGGGUGGCUGGCAUCCAGGACAGCGCCGUGCAGUUCAACGUCAACGUGGUCUCCUGCGGCGUCACCGCCAGCAAGGAUGUGACCAACCUGAUCAACGCCAACGCCCAGAUCAUCAGCACCUGCAACGACCUCAUCAACCUGAAGUCCAACACCUGCGCCCAGGUGGACGACGAGGAGCCCAAGAUCACCAACAGCUGCUUUGCCAAGACCCUGUCGAAGGUGUGGACCCUGAGGAAGCAGGUCAAGAGAGCCGUCGCCCUGGCCAAGAAGAUCCCACAAACCGGACCCAAUGCCGCCGUCUGUGUCAACGAUGCAGUCAACACCCUGACCACCUACUACACCGCCUUCCCCCAGAACAUGCUAGACUGCUCCAAGCUCACCUCUUAGAGGGUUUGUCUUUUAAAACCGAUUCAAGCUUGCAAUAAAAAAUCCGUGGUGAUCACAACAUUCUA